ACGUCAUGAUGACGCUGCCGGCGAGGGCUAGAAAGCGACAGCUGAGUGAAAGCGUCGAAACUAGCAAAAGCUCUCCUCCGGCUCGUUUUGGGUUUUUAUUCAUCGUCGCUCCGUCUUCAAACCACAAAGCCAGCCGGACUGCCACCUCGUUUCACUUGGGAGCGUUUUGUCGCCGUGUCUCGUUUAUAUAAACUACUUUUUAGACUGUAGCAUCUUUGCCGUUAGCCUAGCUUAGCUUAUUUUAGUUUAGCCGAGCUGGACUGUCUUCAAUUUUGCGCCGGGGAUGCGCGGAGGAAUAUCGGUCUCACACGAACGUUGUCCACUGCAUCAGCGUUAAUCAUUAACGGAACCGGGGGUUGCGCAGUACGCUCACUAAGCCCGGGGCGUCGGACAACCUCCGGCACCGACUUUUCGAGAUAAACAACGUAACGGUUAGCGCGGAGCGAACGGCGGCUAGUCAGCCGAUCAGCUCGUUCGACUGCAAGCAGACAGCCCAAAUGGCCAGCGACCCCGAAACCGACUUCGCCAGCCGUGCCAACGGAAACUGCGCACCGGGCCCAGGUUCCGAAAACGGAGGCGGGCCCACCACGAAGACCCUGGCGCGGUUGUGCAGCAGGGACGAGGAGGAGCGGGCGGCGGCGCUGGAGGAACUCAGCCAAGGAGUUCUGGUGUGUUUGGGUCUGGACCGUCCCGGUUCGACGCGGCUGGGCAAGGAGACGCUUCUGCAUCUGCUGCGGCUGGCCCGGUCCUGUCCGUUGCGGGAGGUGCGUGUCAGGGCUAUCGAGCUGCUGAGGGCCGCCCAGGAGCAAGGAGUGAAAGUUCCUCGCGCCCUGGCCUCGGGUCCCAGCGCCUUUAUUCCUGCCAAACAGAUCUUGAAAGAUGGUCCAGACCAGGACAUCCUGAUCGAGUCGUUCCUGUCUCUGGGCCGCGUGGACCACGUCACCAUGGUGAUGGCGCUACACCCCGCCUACCUCAGCUGCUUCCUGAGGACCCAGCACGCCUUGCUGGAGAUGGACGGACCCUUGCCUCGCCACUGGAGACACUACAUCGCCAUCAUGGCCGCCGCCCGCCACCACUGCUCCUACGUGGUGCAGCAGCACAGCGCCAGCUUCCUGGAGGCCGGCGGAGACGAGAGCUGGCUGAGUGGACUGGAGCGUGCCCCCGCCAAACUGAGAGGCCUGAACGCCCUCAACAAGCUGCUUGCUCACAGACCCUGGCUCAUCACGCAGCUGCACAUCCAGGAGCUGGUUUAUCCCGGUGCCGAGCUGCGCUGGUCUCUGGCCGAGCUCAUCCAUGCCGUCAUCCUGAUGGCACACGCCCACGCGCUCUGCUCCUUCGUGUGGGGCUGCGGCCUCAAUCCCGAGCCGGAGCAUGCAGGCGGCCACACCUUCCGGCCGCCGUCGCCCGGGCACCCCACCCGCAGCCCCGCAAAUGAGGACGGUCGGCAGGAGCUGGCGGACGGUGCCGUGGAAGUGGAGGUCCUGAUGAAGAGGAUGGUGGAGCUGCAGGAGCAGCAGGAGGAAGAGUGCACGCAGGAGGAGAUGGUUACACGCUUUGAGAGGGAGCGGAGCGAGAGUAUCCCUACCGCUUUAGUGCGAGGGGCUCCGCCCGAGAGUCUCCCUCACCUCAUGGAGGACCCGGAUUUCAGAUAUGAGGACUUUGCGCCCAGAGGGGAGCAGGCUCCGCCCACCAUGAGAGCCCAGGACUACUCGUGGGAGGACCACGGCUACUCACUGGUCAACAGGCUGCUGCCGGACAUGGGACAGCUGCUGGAUGAGAAGUUCCAGGUGGUGAGCAACCUUACCUACCACAGGAUGGCCAUGCACGAGGGCGUGGACACGCACACGCUUCGCAAAGCUCUGUGGAACUACAUCCACUGUCUCUACGGGAUACGCUAUGACGACUACGACUACGGCGGCGUCAACGUGCUGCUGGAGCGCUCCUUGAAGGUGUUUGUCAAGACCAUGGCCUGCCACCCCGAGCAGACCACCGCACACAUCUACCAUGCCUUCUGGAGGCACUUCCGCCACUCAGAGAAGGUGCAUGCCAACCUGAUUGUUUUGGAGGCUCGCAUGCAGGCGGCGCUGCUGUACACGCUGCGAGCCAUCACUCACUACAUGAGAUGACCACCACCACAACCUUUGCGGACGCUGAGCCAGCUGUACGUUUUUGUUUUUUUCUUCUCCUUAAACCCAAAUGUUCCAGUGUUAAGCAUGUUGAUGCGGCAUGUGCCAAUUCAGAAUUCACACGUUUCUUUUGCACCUAAAGUAUCGACGUCGCUACGUUCAUGUUGCUGAUCUUUUUUUUUUUUUUUUUAAUGGCGGCACGAUGACUACUUCACACUCACUCCUCCAUUCCUUAAGUGUACUCUGAGGGCUGAGCAUAAGAAAAUGACCAAAAAGCUUGUAUUUUUCUAUUCAAUAAAGUAACUUGACACCAACCAAA